GAUGAAAUUUAAUUCAGUUUGACAUGAGCUAUUGAACGAGUCAGCAAAAAGUAAGAAUGUCGCAACGAACCACAUUAAGUUUAAAAGAAAAAAUGGAAAUUAUAAAGGCGCAGGAAGUAGAAAAAACAAGUGUUCGUGAAAUAGCCAGAAGAUUCAAUAUAGGAAAGACGCAGGCAGCGACCAUUUUAAAGGAUAAAUCGAAAAUACAAUCGAUGUUGGAAUCCGGGGACUGGAAUAUAAAUGUCAAGAGGCAAUAUUUGAAUGGAAAAGGCCGAAAACUUGAUGUGUUGUGUUAUGAAUGGUUUUCAAAGGCUCAAAGCGAAAGUCAUAUUAUAAUAUCUGGCCCUGAAAUUAAAGCCAAAGCAAAAGAAAUUGCAUCAAGUCUUGGAAUACCAAAUUUUACCGCCUCCAAUGGAUGGCUGUAUAAAUGGCGCACAAGACACAAUAUAUCCUUGAAAAACUUAUCCGGAAUUCCAGAUGAUGACGAUCGUGAUUCACCAUUGUUGAUUCCAAAAUGUGAAGCAAUUAUUACAGUAGACGAUUCAGUUGAAUUUGAAAACCCAUCUGUCAAUAUAAUAAACUCAGACGAAUCGGCUUUAAACAUCAUUUUAAGAUUGAAGCAAUAUUUAAAAGAUGACUAUAUAGCAUUUGGACAUCUUAACAACUUGGAAUCCUAUUUACAGAGCUGUAUAGCUGCAAAUCAAACAAUCACGUCUGACUAAUUUUUUUUUUUAAUUUUAGUUUUUUAUAU